GGCGCGUCGUACAGAAACCAUUGUGUUUCUUUGGAGUUACUCUGGAACAUGCCGGGGCAAGUACCGCGACCAACAUGGAGGCAAAAAACUUAAAAAUACUGUUUAAACACGGUAACCAAUGAACGUUUAUAUAGUUAGUGUCUAAUCGGUUAUUGUCUCUAAGCUUGUUGUGUGGAAGUUGUAACAAUGUUCAUUCUUAAACGCGUGGGGUGCGUUGGAAGCAUCAUGGUCCCUCAAUGCACCUCCCUCUUUGUGGGCAAUUUCUCUGCUUGUCAUUGCCUAAGUUCCCCAAAGAGACACAGCCCGUACAGCUUGGUGGACAGUGAGCGAUACUCCUCUCUUGUUAAGGCUGUUAUGUCAUCCAAGGUUAGUUCCCAAACCCCAGAGAACCUCCAAGAAGAGGACGAGCACAUUUAUGGACCUGUUGUGAAAGCUCAAAAACCCUCCUCGGGACCAGAGGUGAGGGUACCCAAAAAUCUGCAUCCCUUCUUAAACUGCGAAGAGACUGUAGAAACAGAGGAGGCAGAGUCAGGACCUCCAGUCCGGAUUUUGUUGAACCGGGGCAAAUACAGGUCUCCGGUACCCAGUGUGACACGCAUUCUUCAGCAGACCCUUUCCCGAGAGCAGAUCUUCUACCUGGAGAGGUGGAAGAGGAAGAUGAUCGCACAACUUGGAGAAGAAGGCUUCAAAGAGUACAGUCAGAAUUUAUUUAGGCAAGGGAAGCUUUUCCAUUCAGCUGUGGAGGACUCAAUGAUAUCAGAUGCAACAAGCAUGGACAAAGAAUCCUCUGAGAAAGCAGAGUACCAACCUGAUGUACAGGGAUACAUGGAGAGCAUCUCCCAUGUUCUGGCAGAUGUGAGUGCAGUGAGAGCCACUGAAAGCACUGUGCAACAUGCCGAGCUCAACUAUCUGGGGAUUGUGGAUUGUGUUGCUCGCUACAGGGGAGUGCUAUGUCUUAUUGACUGGAAGACUUCAGAGAAGCCCAAACCAUUCUUGAGCAACACUUUUGACAAUCCUAUUCAGGUGGCAGCCUACGCCGGGGCUUUGAACAGUGACGGCAACUACAAGUACCAGGUUGAAAAUGGUCUCAUUGUAGUGGCCUAUAAGGAUGGCUCCCCUGCACAUGCUCAUCAGUUGAGCUCAGAGCUAAUGUUGAAGUACUGGACAACUUGGCUGCUUCGUCUCGAAAACUUCACAGAACAAAGUACAAGUCAGGCUUCAAGUUCUUUUGUGGAAAAGAGAUGAGAUUUGUGAAGAGAGAGCAUUUCCUUAAAGCAAGUCCUUUUUAUUAUAGCGCCUCUGAUCCUUAACUAAAAUAUAACAUUGUCCCAUUCAGUAGGUGGGUUACAUUUGUCAAUGUAAUGAUGACCAAUGACUAAAAUUGGUAUGUUCUUUAAUCAUUUUAGUCAACUUCGUCUUCUUCGAGGUGUUCAUUCAUUCAAUCAUUGAAUCCAAACCAGGCCUCCCUGUGUGAAGGGUCCUGAGUGAAGCCUAGGUUUUUAAAGAGCUUGUAGGAAGUCUCGUUCUCCUCUUCUAUGAAGCAGUACACGGGGUAGCCCUGAGCGUGUAGUCUCUUGGCCAUGGUGCUGAUCAGGACAUUGGCGUAUCCUUUCCCUCUGUGCUCUGGCAGAGUGUACAAUAUGCCCAUUGCACAUGAGGCAUAGGUCAGGAUCCAGGACACAGGCUUUCCUUCUGCGUCCAGCACAGAGCAGGAGGGGAAGUUUGCGAGCAUGUUCCGGAUCAUCCUCACAGCUUCCUUGUUCUUCGCAAACUUCCACAUCUGAUUCACCAAGCCAACGUGGGACUCAUCCAGAUAGCUUAGUGAAAUCCCUGGGCUGAUGCAGAACAGAGCAGAUGGACUUUCAGAGCAUCGUUCUUUACUGUUGAAAUAUUAAACGUAA